AUGUCGCAGGAAUUCAAAAAGAACUUCAAUUUUCCACGCAGGCCGUUCGUUAGCGAAAAGUGUAAAGACCUCAUACAUUGUCUGAUCCAAGACAAAGAAGAGCGGUUAUGUUCGAGGAAGUACCAAACGUCAUACCGUACUGGUUUUCAGGGUUCACGAUUGACAGAUUACUCUGGCCGCUAUGUUUUCCCUGGCGACGCAGAAGACAUAAAAGCGCACCGAUGGUUCAAGAAUACGCCCUGGGAGCGUUUGCAGUCUAUGCCAGCACCUUUCACUCCCAACUUACAGAGUGAUGAUGAUGCCCAUUACUUUGACGAGUCUGAACCUUUUGAAGAUUGGUCUGAGUCGAUACCCUCCGGAAUAUACCUCAACACAGAAGAUGUACGAGAACUACUGUUUGGGUUUGACACUCACGUGCAGCAGAAGGCUACAGAGCUCAUCAAAGUCCCGUUCGAUGCGGCCAAACUCCGAAGCAUGGAUCGUGAUAUCGAUGCAGCAAAGGACCUUGAACCCAGUGAGAAGGCAACUCUGAAGCAGUUUGUCAGAUUCUACGGACAUAAAGAGCGCAAACGCCCACGAGACAUGUUACUUCGGGACAAGAGCACGAAAAAGAUAUCCCUAAGGAUACGAAAAGACACGGCCUUCAUGGGUUAUACUUGGCGACGAAUGCGACCUGGGGGCUACAUCGAUCCGAGACCAACAGAGACGACUCCAGUCUCUGAGGUUCAAGCUGCGGUCUAA